AUGAUCAAUUACCUCACAGCACAGCGUCACCCGCCACCCCUCACGUCACGCCGCCCGCAGGACUUCCCCCUGACCUACAGGGACGCAGUCCCCGGCCUCCUCCGCUUCACCGCCGCCGGCCGCCCCACCCAGCGCAUCCAUGGUGCCCUAUCCACGCUCGCCGCGCCGCUGCCCACGCCGGUCGCGCGCGGCGUGCUGGCGGGGGCGCGCGUGCGGGUGCCCCAGCAGCUGCACCGGCUGCUGGCGGCCCUGCCCAGGUUCAAGGGGGCACCCCUUGCGCUCCGCCUCGCCGACCUCCUGCCAGCGCUCGCCGCCCCGGUUCCUCCGUCCGCCGUGCGCUACGCGCUACGCGCCGGCGUUCACAACGGUCGCGCGUUUGUCGGGGGCGGGCCGUGUGAGAUUGGGCCGCUGGAGCCGCUGGCCAGCACGGGGGCCAUCCUGCUCGCACCGCCCUCCGCGCGGCAGCGGCCCCCGCAGCGGCGCGGCACCGGCGGCGGUGGCGCUGCAGUGGGUGGUGUCAGCGACGACGGCGAUGAUGUCAUCGAUGUGGGGCCGGUGCCGCUGGAUGCUGGAGUGGUGUUGGUGUUGCAGCUCGUGGCAGGGCCGGCGCCUCAGGCUGGCGCUGGAUGGGACCCAGUGAUCAUUGGCCAGACGGCAUUCUGGCCCUUCAAAACCCGCGUCGCCGAGUAUGAUGAGCGGCGUAUCCAAGGCAGCAGCGCCCGCAGGGGCGGCCUCGAAAGCGGCAGCAGCAGCGGCGGCGCCGAGGGCGACAGGCAGGGGGCAGCAGCGGGGGUGGUUGCGGGGGCAGCAGCUGAGGAGGAGGAGGAGGAAGAGGGGUCAGACGUUCUGCCGGCGCUCGCCCAGGGCCGCCACACGCUGCAGCUCCAGUCGCCGCUGCCGGAGGCCGGCGCAGGCAGCGCGGCUGACGGCCUGCAGCGGACGCUACUGACCCUGUCUGCUACCGCGAGUCAUGGUCUGAUGGGCGGCGGGGGCGUGGCGCCGGCGCCGGCGCUGCAGUGGCGGGCGCUUCUGGGGGAUGUUGCCGAGCGCGCGGUCCCGGAUGCGAUGCUUGAUUUCGUGCUGCAGUUGGCGUCACCCACGGAGAGCUUGGCGGAGGCAGCAGCGGACGCCAUGACGGCAGCAGCAGCGGACGCCAUGACGGCAUAUGAGCGGCCGGCGCAGGCAGGAGCGGCUACUCGGUCAAGCAAGGUCGCGGCGGCAGCGGCGGCGGUCCCUUUGGACGCUAUUCUGCGGCGCGCCGACCAGGCCGCCGCCGCCGUUGCGGCGGCCGUGGCGACGCCAAAGCCGCAGCCGUUUGGCGGCGCCGGCCCGCCAAGUGGGCGGCCGCCGUGGAAGACGGAUAGUCAAGAAGUAGGGCACGGCGAGGUGGAGGACGAGGAGGAGCGGCGGCAGACACGGUGGGAGGCGGCCCAGCUGGCAGCUGCAGGGGCGGGGCGCGGCGAGGGUGGGGGCAGUGGCGGCGGCGGCGGCGGGGAGUUGCGGGGCCUGGCUGGCGCGAUGGCCUGCCAGAUUGACCGGCUGGCGCAGGCCGUGGAGAGCCUGCGGGAGGAGAGGGAUCUCCUGCGGUCUUCGCUGACCCUCCUCGGCAGCGCCGGCGCGCAGCACGCGGCCGCGGCGCCAGGAGCAGCGGCGGGCGCCAACGGCGCGGGCGCCACCGUCCCCGGGGACUCGCUGACUGCGGAGGGGCUGGAGGCGCUGAGGCGGCUCGCCCUGGACGGGGGCAGCACGGCGGCGGUGCUGGAUGCGGCUGCGGGGUCGGGCGCGGCGGGCGGCGCCGCUGCAGGUGCUCCCGGCCCCGCCGCGCAGCCACCCCCAGCGGCUUCCCUCGCGUUGCGCCAGGCGGGCGGCGCUGACAUCAGCAGUCUGACGGCGUCUGACGUCAUCGUUCAGAUCAUCGGGUUCAGGCCGCCACUCCAGGGCCCGCUUUGCGGGACGACGUCCAGGCUGCCGGGGGCAGGCGUGGAUCGGGCAGAGGCUGACAGCGUGGGCGGCUUGGAGGGCGCUGUGGCUGGGCCCCAAAGCCUCUAUUUCACCACAAAG